GCAAAUAUUUUGUGGAUUGAAUUUUCACAUUGUCUACACUCAAUCCAGAGCUAUGGAGGUCGUAUCGCUGUCCAAUAAUGACUCCAUGAAGCAAUCAAUGUGGAAUUUUGUAUUUAACGAUAUAGCAGAUCCACGAACUUCUUCAUGGUUCCUUGUAGGUAAUCCUCUUCCAGUUUUAGCGAUACUGAUCUCCUAUUUGUAUUUUGUGCUGAAAUGGGGCCCAAAUUUUAUGAAGGACCGAAAGGCAUACAGCCUGAAGAGACCGAUCAUGAUUUACAAUAUGUUCCAAGUUAUUUUCAACAUCUACCUAUGUUAUAAGGGUUCAGAAAUGUGGCGCACGUACAACUGGAUUUGCCAGCCAAUAGAUUACUCAAAUUCUCCCUUUGCCUUGGCGACCGCUUGGAGUUGUUAUUUGUACUUCAUCAACAAAAUAACCGACUUAAUGGACACGAUUUUCUUUACGCUGAGGAAGAAAACCAGCCAAGUCACUUUCCUGCAUCUCUUCCACCACACUCUUAUGCCCGUCAUAUCCUGGAUAAUGGUGAAAUAUAUCCCAGGCGGUCAAAUAACAUUUGCCGGAUUUCUGAACACUUUCGUUCACAUUAUCCUCUAUGGGUAUUACUUUCUAUCCUCCUGUGGACCAGAAGUGCAAAAGUAUUUGGGCUGGAAAAAAUACAUUACCAGACUGCAACUGGUCCAGUUUAUUCUAGUUUUCAUCCACAGUUGUCAGAUACUAUUUGUCGACUGCGGUUUUCCCAAAUGGACCUUAAUUAUCACGCUUCCGAAUGCCACCUUUUUUUACUUCUUGUUUAGCGACUUCUACAAGAACAAUUACACAACGCCAAAAUCAGCAAAUAAAGUGCAUGUGAAAUCUAAGUAGGAAAUACAUAUUUGAAACACCGA